AGUGGUAGUAGAUCUAGGGCGCUGCUGAGCUGUAGCAUCGUGUGACCGCCAUACUGUUCUACGACUUCACGAUAACCUGGCCGUCGCUCUCAACGUCGUAAGAGUUCCGGAGUAGUGAACAAUUUGGAGGGUGCUCAUAGCCAGAGCACGGCCGCGCAAACAGCGGCUGGGCCCAUACUAGUCGCGUGUGGACAUUACAAGCCCGGGCGGGUAGAUUAGAUAGUACUUCGCCAGUCUGUUGGUUGUCGCUAGUAGUAUCCAUUCUCUCGGUCACUGCUGCAUCGUGUCUGCACAUCAUAUUCUCUGCCAAUACUUAGCCUGAGGUUCACGCUAAGAAAUACCAAGCGAGUCAUAAGGAAGAGUCGAGGGAGUUCCUCGGAUUGUAGCUGCUUAGAAAGCAUCAUGUCCGUGGAAACAACAGUAACCACAGAAUCCACCUUCUCUGCAGAGAGAUACUUCGCGACACAGCCGCCCCCGCCAUCCCUCGAGCAAGAUGUCCUGCAUGUGCGUCAGUUUGUACAGAGGCAUGCAAAGGCGGGGAGGAAGGUCGUGCUGGUGACGAGCGGUGGGACAACUGUCCCUCUGGAGCUUAACGUUGUACGCUUCCUAGACAACUUCAGUGCCGGCACGCGUGGUGCGACAUCCGCCGAGUACUUCCUCAAGGCUGAUUAUGCAGUCAUCUUCAUGCACCGGCAAUUCAGUCUGCAGCCGUUCAGCCGCCAUUAUUCGCAUUCCACCCAUCCUUUCCUGGAUUUUCUGGAGAUCGAAAAGGUAGAACCUGAACAAGGAAGCAGUGGUGAUGGUGCUUCGCCACCAUACAACAUCACUGUUACGCCUUCUGAGCGGCCGCAGCUGCUGGAAGUGUUGACGGCAUACAAGGCAGUCCACAAGGAGGGCACGCUGCACACCCUCACGUUCGUCACCGUGAACGAUUAUCUCUGGCUCCUGCGCGCAGUAAGCCACGAGCUGGCAAUACUGGGGAGGAACGCCCUAUACUAUCUAGCCGCUGCGGUGAGCGACUUCUUCUUGCCUAGGCAAAGAAUGUCGGAGCACAAGAUCCAGUCUGGCAAGGGCAGUCUCCACAUAGAAAUGGACGAAGUGCCUAAGAUACUCAAACCGCUGGCUAAAGAGUGGACUCGCGGCGAAGCGUUCAUUGUAUCGUUCAAGCUGGAAACCGACCCGACGCUGCUCAUCCCGAAGUCUCAGGUGGCAUUGGCCCGGUACGGCCAUCAGGUCGUCAUCGGCAAUGAUCUUCAUCACCGCAAGUUCCAGGUAGUCCUCGUCUCACCCCGCAACAAGCAGGUCGAUGGCGACACCGCACAGCCUACAAGCGAGGGUGAUUCCAAAUACAGAGUGUCGUGGAUCCGGAUUGACCUCGCGAAGGAUCCGAAGAAGGAGAUUGAGGAGGAUAUAGUCGGGGAGCUUGUACGUAGACAUCGGAGGUGGAUAGAUUCCUCAGAGGCGUGAUACUAUGCCCCUUCAAUUCUGAGAGUAAUGUUGGAACAGCUAUUAAAGUUAUGUAUUUUCUUAAUCACA